AAAUAGUGAAUUUCCUCUCUGGAAGAUUUAAGAGAGGCAGCUCAUAAAGCACCUAACUUGGCCUAGCCUUUAACUUGCACAUUUUCUAUUUGAGUAUUGGCACAAGAGAAAUAGAAAGAAAAAAAAAAAAAAACCAUUUCUCCCAGUUCUGCUCAGAUCUCUCAUUUUCUCUCUCUUUCUUUAUCUGGCCAUAUUUUCAAGAAACCAAUUGCAGUUCUGCAUAUAUCAUCAUCAAGAAUUGUUUUUGUUCUCUACAAUGAGAGAUAUAGUUUCUUGUUUUAGUGAAAAUGCCAUAAAUGUGUCUCAUUCUUAUUCCUGUUCUAGCUAUCCAAACAAUGCUUGUAUCUCUCCAAGUCUAAUCCCAUCAAUCCAAAAUGCAGUCUCUUGUUUCUAUAAAAUCAUCCUCUCCACUCAAAAGCAACUCUUGGUCACAGUCACUUGGUGCAAGAAUCACACAGCCCAAGGCCUCACCAUAAACUUUGGCAAUGACUCUUCAACAUCUUUCAAACUCAACACAAGCGGCAGGCUAUUCAGGAAGAAGAAAGGCAGCAAAGUGAUUGAUUCUGAUAUUUCGAAGAUUGAAGUCUUCUGGGAUCUCUCUUCUGCUAAAUAUGAUUCAGGACCUGCACCUGUUGAUGGGUUCUAUGUAUUGGUCAUGGUUGAUUCUGAAAUUGGCCUUGUUCUGGGUGAUAUAGGAGAAGAAAUUAUCUCCAAGAAGCUCAAAGCUAGCACCCCAGUAGCCAAAACCAGUCUCAUUUCAAGGCAAGAGCAUUGUUCAGGCAACCCAUUAUAUGCUACUAAGGCACAGUUCUGUGAAACAGGCAUUCAACAUGAAAUUUUGAUCAAAUGUAGUGGAGAAAAUGAAGGCCUAAAGUAUCCAGUUUUGUCUGUAUGUAUUGAUAAGAAGACGGUGAUUAGAGUAAAGAGGCUGCAAUGGAAUUUUAGGGGCAACCAGACAAUUUUUAUUGAUGGGUUGCUCGUUGAUCUGAUGUGGGAUGUUCAUGAUUGGUUCUAUAACCCUGCUUCUGGUUCUGCUGUGUUCAUGUUCAGGACAAGAAGUGGAAUGGAAAGCAGGCUGUGGUUGGAAGAGAAAUUGUUGCAAAAAGAUCAAGAAAAAGUUGAAUUCUCUUUGUUAAUCUAUGCCUGUAAGAGCCCUUGAAGAAGAAGAAGAAGAACUAAAAAAAAAGACUGACUUUGUUAAUCUUCUGGUUUGUGUUUAUCUUCUCCAGCCUUUCUGUUUGAUUUUAGUUUUUUUUUUUUAUUUGCUUUCUAUUUCCUUUCUUCUUGGAAGGCAUAGAUACUUGGAAUUCUUUUGAUUAAUUGAGAAAUAAUUUAGUUGUCUAGAUGCAGAUAAGUGAAUUGAUACAACAAAUUAGUUGGUUCUUAAAUUUGAUCUUUUCUGUCUUUAACAAAAAAUCCUAUCUUUCUGUCUCAACUUUCUCAGCUUCCUCUAGACCCAUUUCCCUGGGUUUCCUCAAGAUUAAUAAUGCAGUGAAAUUUAUCAAAUUCGUAUUAGAAAUUAUAUAAAAAAGGUCAGCGAAUUGAUCUUUUGGAGUUUUUGAAGGAUAUCAAUGAAGAUUUUGCUAAAAGGGCAUUAGGGUUGGAGAUGUUGAAAUACAUCACUGGAGUUUGCUUCUGGCUCAAAAGCACAAAAUAAAGAUGAAUCACAUGAUCAUAACAGUAAAUUUUCAACCAUUUAAUUUAUGUGAGUGUGUUUUGCGAGGUGAUAAAAAGAAAAUUUAUUUUCUUUAUGUUUGGUAUGCUUUUUCCCUGCCAAUUAAACCAAGUUUGAGCAAGCUGAUGAACUUGGACAUGAUCCCAUGAGCCAGAUUAAUUGAAAAAGUCUUCAGACUUCUUCAGAGUUUUUGUUAUCUUCAUCAGGAGUUUUAACUGUUGCACCACUCAGGUUUCCUAGAAUCACCACGGUCCCCCUCACUCUUCAACUUAGCAUUUGGACCACAAUUCAUCAAAACCCAAUGCCUUUCUCUAGGGCAGUCAGUUCUUUCAGUCACUCAACUGUAGAUUUUCACGUUAAACUUGAUGACAUUUUGUACUGUCACCCUCAGUUCCUUUCAUCGCACAAUCAGAAAAAUGCUUAUCCCUAAGCCCAAAUUCCAUACAUUUUGUGUUUGUGUGCCUCCCUUUGGUUAGCUGACACAAAUGUCAUUUUCUUGCCACCAAUCUAUUGGACAUCACUGGCCAUGUAGUUACUGAACCUAAACAAUUGUAAACUGUUAAUUACGAAUAUUUUUAAAUUGGAUAAAAAAUAGAAUCUGUGUUGAGAGUAAAAGGGAUGGUUAUAAAUAAUUUUAAAUGACGCAUUAGCUAAAAUUAUAGUUAAUCUUAUAUGAGAUUGUGAUAACUGGUGUUAAAAUUGUAACCAUAUUACCUAACGAUAAGAUUAUAGUCUUGAAAGGACAUGAAAGCAAAUGAUGUUGUUGUGGACCAUGAGGCAAUGGAAGUUCAAUAAUGAUGUUUCAUUUAGUUGAGAAGCCAAAGAUAUCUGCCAAGAAGAAAAGCAUUGGCUUCAGUUUUUGGAGGGACAUUCAGACUAUCUACUCCAAACUGUCAGGAGAUUAAUUGUUGCUAAUAAGAUGAAAUCUAGUUGUACUGUAUUACAAACAAGACAUUUUAAAACAUUGGUGAAAUUUAGUUGUCCUUUUUUAA